CGUAGUCAACAUCGAAUUGUGUUGAAGUACGGUUUAUUUUCAUUUGUCUUCAAAUUGAGAGCAGAGAGUUACAAUAAUGCCGGCACAAAAGCCCCCCGAAAUCAAGUUUCCCAUGCAUAAUGUACACUUCAAGCAAACGCUUGGCAACUUGAAAGUGGCUUGCACUCUUGCCUUGGCAGCCCCACUUCUUCUCUACACUUUCAGAAAUAAUGCACGCAAAAGGAAGUACAGGAACUUCUACUCCAAAUACGAUCCGCUUGAUGCUUUCGACCGCAUGAUGAGUGGAGGCUACUUGUCUUCCUGUCCUCCGGGAAGUGGUCCCAAAAAGGAUAAAGAAAAGAAGUAGAUAAUAAAACCAGAUGCCUCCACAUACGUCGAUCUAAAAUACCAUACCAGAAAGGAAAGGACACGACUUUCAACUCUUGCAAAUUACAUAUUUGGAAGCUAAUAGCUUAUAAACUGAAGCCAUUAUUCCAAGCCGCUGAUAUUAUCGAAUGCUUACCAAUAUAUAAUACCAAAUUAUUCAAAUUAACAAGCUUUCAUCUUCAAAGAGACGCCGCAAUUCGCGUUCUCUUCAUUAAACAACAGACCUUUUCCUGGAAUUCUAAAUUCUAAUUAAAUUGUCAAACAGAAAAAACUGAUGGUGUUAAUAAAUUGGAGCAAUGCAA